AUGCCACCCAAACGCAAGUCCGACGUUCUGGAGAUAUCCGAUGACGACGACUACAACCCCGCGACGGAGGCUGCCAAACCUGAGACGGACGACGCGGAGACUACUGCCAAAGCGCCGCCGAAGAAGAAAACGAAGAAGGCUGCCAAGGAUGACGGGCCUCCCACUGACGCAGACGGCAAUCCACUCCCAUGGCACCAGAUCAAGCUCGAAGGCGAGGGCGAGGGCGGGCCACCCAUUUACGACGACUGCAACGAUAUCCGAAGGAAAAUACGCGCUCUGCUCCAGGAGCCUGGUUUCAAGGUCACGCACUGGCUGAAGGAGAUUGGCAACGUGAACAGCAACUCAUACCAGCGCUUUAUGAAACAGAGUGGUCCAUAUGGAGGCGCGGACAAUUCCACCUAUUACUGCGCGUAUGUCUACUUCGAGAAGCGCCGCAUCGUCGAGGGCAAGAAGAAGACGGCAAAGCGUCUCCGAAUGGAGAAGCAGCAGGCCGGUGGCGUAACGCCCGACGACGCUCGGCGUGCCCGGCACGGGGUGUGGGUGCUUGCGAAGCCAUAA